AUGCCUCGGCCACCGAAUAACGCUGCGCAGGACGCAGGGACAGAACCGACUCACCUCGCACGAGCGCACCGCGAUCGAUGCUCAACCGCCGGCGUCCGAGGAGUCCGGCGCGCGGCGCGCAUGCGCGGAGUCCGGCGCGCGGCGCGCAUGCGCGGAGUCCGGCGCGCGGCGCGCAUGCGCGGAGUCCGGCGCGCGGCGCGCAUGCGCGGAGUCCGGCGCGCAACGCGCAUGCGCGGAGUCCGGCGCGCAACGCGCAUGCGCGGAGCCUGGCCGGGACUCCCAGGUGGGUCCCCGGCCCCUCCUGCGCCGGGCUGGGCCAGCCCCUGGGCGGCGCCAGGGCAGUCGGGGAGGAGCGCGGGCGGGGAGCGCGCGGAGGCGGGCGCUGCGCUGGAGGGUCGCUGCCGCGGAACGCAGGCCUGUGCGCGCGGCCGAGCGGGCGGCGGCUGCGGCCACGGUGGUGGUGGGGAGGGCUCGGCUGCAGGCAGGCUCGGGGCUCCCGGGCGCGGGGUCCGCCGGCUCCAAUUGCGUCCGCUUGGUGGCGGGAGGAGGGAGCAGUGCAGACAAAGAGCGGCAUCUGGCGGGCGCAGCGCGGCCGCAGCCCCGGGACUUGCGCUGCUGCCCUCCGGCCUCGGCGUGCACUGUGCAGCGAGAUCCCACAGGUUCUACUCCUAUAGUGUCAUCCCAGCUGGCUUAAGAGCUUGGAGGAUCACUGUAGCUCUGUCACAUUUAAGGUGUCCUCAGACAGCAGAAAACAUCAUCUUUUUGAAGAGUGCUACAAUUUUUCCAGUCACCUCUUAUAACUGCAUGCCAAAGGCAGGAACAGUGGCUGGUCAAGGCGCGAGCUUCCCGCUCUGGAAAGUUUGCAGUGGGGCAGAGUGCAAACCCUCUCUGUGCUCCAGGCUGGGACAGUGGCCUCCUGGCGUGACCCUCCAGUGGGAAUGGAAGCCGAGUCUGGUCGCCCUGGCUUCUGGCAGGGAGCUGGUGAGACAGGUGUGUACCAACAUAAUUGAGAGAAAUGCAAACCUCGAAUGGAAUCAAGUUGUCAAUCUUCAGAUCAAGAAAUACCAGCGAAGGCUGAAGUGCAGCCUGUCUGCCGUCUUCCAUUCAGCCAUCAUGUUGCAAGAUGUCGGUGAGGCCAUUCAGUUCGAAGUCAGCAUCGGGAACUAUGGCAACAAGUUUGAUGCAACCUGUAACCCUUUGGCAUCAACAACUCAAUACAGCCGCGCAGUGUUUGAUGGGAACUACUAUUACUACUUACCUUGGGCCCACACAAAGCCCAUCGUCACCCUGACUUCCUACUGGGAGGAUAUUAGUUACCGCCUGGACGCAGUGAAUACUCUCCUAGUCAUGGCAGAAUGGCUGCAAUCAAAUAUAGAGGCUGUAAAAUCAGGGAUCCAAGGUAAAAUUCCUGCAAACCAGUUGGUGGAGGUGUGGCUGAAGCUGAUAGAUGAAGUCAUAGAAGACAUGAGAAUAAUGAUACCUAAAGCCUAAUGCUGGGGAGAAGAAAAGUAGAUGGUGCUUCAGUUCCCAGGCUUGGAGUCUGAGGUUGAGACCAUGAAGGAGAGAGAAGAUGAAGAAAGAAGACUGUGCCAUGGGGCAGGUGGAUUGGCCAGGAGGACUGGCCUGGUGUAUGAGCAGUUUAGGUAGAACAUGGAAAAUGAUAUCUCACAGCUAUUAACAGGAACUAUACAAAAUAGUCUGUCCAACUGCAAUUGUUUAAAUCUUAUUAUAAAUACCAAGUCCUUUGUGCUCUAUUUGGUACCUUUUUGAUUCAAGUGUGGUAAUAAAUAAAUAAAUAAUAUUUACCACAUCAAGGUGGCUUUAAUUAUCAUUUCUGUCCAAUGAUUGAAAGGGAAUGGAAAAUUACGAUGGCAUAGGCUACACAUUAGUCCUUGUUCAUGUUCUUUCUAGAAAAUGUCACAAUGUACUUUCAAUCAUCUUUUUUUUUUCUUUAAGAAGACAACAGGGAAGGAUUGUUCCUGUAAGCUGUUAUUAGAUGUGGAAGUUGAAAGGCAGCCUGCUGCUCCCUGUGGUAGUGCAUGUCUAAAUCCUCAGAACUCAACAGGCACAAGAGGAAAAUCACAAGGCCAAGACCCAGCUCAGCUAUCUUAUGAAUUUGACAUCCAGUACAGGGUUCAUACCUGACACC